GCUCACUCGUGGCGGAGCCGAGAGGAGGAGGAGGAGGAGGGAGACAGCCAGAGAGAAACUUGUUUUGGGGAUUAAUAAGAGGCAGGAGGAGGGAGAGGUGCACACAGGGAAACAUCUGGACCAUGAAGGUGGCCUUCAGAUUGCUUCUCCCGCUUGUUCUUGUGCUGAUCUCAGAGGUGAGCGGGCAGCGGAGGAAGCCUCCACGGAAACCCACCCGCCCACCUCCCGAGUUCGUUGAGCCCGUCGAGCCCACGGAGCUGCCUCCACCCCUGCCCCCGGGUCCCCCCUCCGUCUUCCCCGACUGCCCCCGAGAAUGCUACUGCCCUCCAGACUUCCCCUCUGCCCUCUACUGUGACAGCCGCAACCUGCGGAAGGUCCCCAUCAUCCCAUCCCGCAUCCACUACCUCUACCUCCAGAACAACUUCAUCGAUGACCUCCCGGAGGAGUCCUUCAGGAAUGCCACGGGGCUGAAAUGGGUCAACCUAGACAACAAUCGCAUCCGGAAGGUGGACAGGCGGGUCCUGGAGAAGCUGGAAAACCUCAUCUUCCUCUACAUGGAGAAGAACCAGCUCAAGGAGGUGCCUUCCUUCCUGCCACCCAACCUGGAGCAGCUGCGUCUGAGCAGGAACCAGAUCUCCAAGAUCCCUGCUGGGGUCUUCAACAAGUUGGAGAACCUGGUGCUCUUGGAUCUGCACCACAACAAGCUGAGCGAUGGGGUCUUCAACAAAAACACCUUCAAGGGACUCAAGAACCUCAUGCAACUCAACCUUGCCCACAACAUCCUGAGGAAAAUGCCCCCCGGGGUGCCCAAUGCCAUCCACCAGCUCUUCCUGGACAGGAACAACAUUGAGGACAUCCCCAGUGACUACUUCAAGGAGUUCCCCAACCUGGCAUUCAUCCGGCUCAACUACAACCAGAUCUCUGACAAAGGGCUCCCCAAGAACUCCUUCAACCUCACCAACUUGCUGGUGUUGCACCUGGCCCACAACAAGCUCACCAACGUCCCUUUCAUCAGCCCCAAGCUGGAGCACCUCUACCUGAAUAACAACUCCAUUGAAAAAAUCAACGGGACGCAGAUCUGCCCCACCUCACUGAUGUCCAUCCAGGACUUCUCCCCCUCCGACCUGGACAGCGUGCCUCGGCUCCGGUACCUGCGGCUGGAUGGGAAUCUCCUGAAACCCCCCAUCCCCUUGGACCUGAUGAUGUGUUUCCGCCUCCUGCAGUCCGUGGUUUUCUAACCCUGCCCGGCAGCGUGCCUCUCCCAGGACUUGGCUUUGCACAGAGACUUGACCCCCGUCAGUGUUUGACACGUGGGACCCUCUUUGCCUCCCUCUCCCCCUGCUCACAUCCCGCCUCCGUCCCUCUUGCCUUUCCCCCUUUCCUCCCCUGCAGUGGCCGUGGACACGCGUGGCGUGUGCAUCCUUGGGGACCACUGCCUGCAGGACAGCACCGCGUCGCAGCAGCCGUCCCAGCCCGCAGCA